CAGUAACAGAUUCAGCUGCUCCUGUUGACGCCGCAAAAAGACACAAUGGACUCAACUCCAUCACCCACGCCACACUCGUUACAACUUGUGGCCCUCUCACAGUUCAAGCCCUCCGCCUCCUCUCGUGCCUGGGUCUCGAUCCCUAAUGCAAACGGCUUACCAUUCCUUGCGACUGCCACCUCUGACAAAACGGCACGGGUCUACUCCCUCGUAGACUUUACUCUCCAUUCCACUCUUGAAGGUGGACACUCGCGCUCUGUGAGAAGUGUGGCGUGGAAACCGCAGGUUAGUAAGAGCACCGAUGGCACGAGAACAUUGUGUCUUGCGACGGGCAGUUUCGAUGCUACAAUGGGGAUCUGGAGACGGAGAGAGGGUGUCGAGGGAGGGAAAGAGAAUGGACAGCUAGAGAUUGAGAGGAGUGAUGGGGAGGAUAACGUCGAUGGCCUAGAGGUGGAGAUCACUCGUGCGGGAGCCAAGCGCUCGGGCUUUGAAGACGAUAAGUCAGAAAGCGAAGACGAUUGGGAGUUUGCCCUGGUGUUGGAAGGGCACGAGUCCGAGAUUAAACAUGUGGCAUGGUCACCAUCCGGUCAAUGGCUUGCGAGCUGUUCCAGAGAUAAAAGUAUUUGGAUCUGGGAAGAGAUUGGGGAAGAGGGAGAAGAUGAAUGGGAGACGAUCGCCGUUUUGCAAGAACAUACAGCGGAUGUGAAGUGUGUCUGUUGGAGAGAAGAUGAUGGCAACGGAGAAGUCCUCGCGAGCGCAAGUUAUGAUGACACGAUACGGCUAUGGAGAGAGAUAGAUGGGGAGGGAGAAUGGGGUUGUUUCGCUGUUCUAGAUGGCCAUGAGGGAACAGUCUGGAGUCUAGAGUGGGAGCCGGCAGUCAGUCAGAGGUUAUUCGGGAUGGAAUCUACAACGGAUGAGGAUACUCCGAAGAGAACACCACGUCUUAUGUCCUCUUCUGCUGAUACGACAAUACGUGUCUGGACGCUUCAACCAGCACCCCCACCGCCAAAUAGGCCAUCUUAUUUCAACCCUUCUAUACCUAGCACCAUGCGUCCCGCACCUGUGGAGGAGACUUGGACCUGUACUGCUAUUCUUCCAAAAGUCCACGACCUCCCUGUCUAUUCUAUCAGUUGGAGCAAGAAGACCGGCCGUGUGGUAUCCACCGGCGGUGAUGGAAGAGUAGCAGUUUACGAAGAAAUCACUAAGGGAAGAACUCGAGUAGGCGGAGAGAUUGAGACAGAAUGGGUAGUGCUCGGGGUUUUAGAAGGAGGUCAUGGACCUUACGAGAUCAACAACGUGACCUGGUGUACCCGGUUUGACCCUGGGAGACAACGAGACGACGAGGAGAUAGUUGUUACGACCGGAGACGAUGGUGCCAUAAGAGCGUGGAGUAUCCUUGAUAGCAAAUAAUCGACUAGCAAUCAGGCUCUUGAAGUUCUUCUAUCUAGAGCCCGAUAGGAAAAAUGGCUACCGCCUAAGAGAUCAGUCUGUGCCCAGGGUGUGCAGCGUCUCAUCCGGCCAAGGCCACCUCUGAAAUACUCGGCCUUAGAUGGUCGAGAAUGAGAGCAACAAUUGCUAUGGAUAAUAUAUAGGGUGCAAUGGGCACGAAGAAUGAUUGCCCUGAAAUGGCGAUAUAGCUUGUACAGGAUGUACUGUUACUCUGUGUACUGGUUGCCCAACCACUACAACAAUGAUAUAGAAACUCAUACGCUUUGAACCUGUU